AUGGCCGAAGUGGAUGCCCUAGUGGAAGCCGGCGGCGGGAUGACCCCCAAGCAUGCCGUUCACGAGGCGAAGGUUUCACAAUACCCGCCAACGGACUUCGACACGGAGCCCGACUGGUGCGCGACCGCUCGGGAGCUCCUUCUGAAUGACCAGGCCGACAAGGCACUCAAGCUCGCAGAUCGAGGACUGCGCGCAGCCGUCAAAGCGAAGGACAAGCGCAACGAAGCACGUGCUCGACAAAUGCAGGCCCUGGUUCUCAACGAGCUGGCACAGCAAGAUCCGAUGGACAUCGUCGAGGUGACCACAAGUGCUGCCAAAGCGCUGAAG